UAUUGUCCUUUAGAUCCCGCGAUAUCUAUGCUGCACAAAGAACAACUCGGUAAACAUGGAUCACAAAUGUCUGACGAUGAACCUUUGUAUGAUAGUGUCGCAUCCGAUGAUGACUAUACUGCUUUAACAUCUACAGAUAAUACCUCGUCUGAUGUGGCAAAUGAAAUUAAAAUUAAUAAUGAGGAAGCAUUUGCACCAAUGGCCAAAGGUCUUCCAUCUAUGGUAGAAGUUUUAAAAAAACAAUUAACUUUAUCUGAAUCAACUGUACGAGAUCUCCGCGAGCAGAUAUAUACUUUACAAAACGCCGUUGAGCAACUCACUCAAGAAAAUAGCGAGCUCAAACGUAUGCUACAGGUAAAAGAUUCUAGUGAUGACAACAUAAACGGACAUGUCGGUGGAGAACAGGAACCCGAAUUAGAGCCAGUGCACGAUAUCAAAACGUCCAUUAUACGUGGAAAUCAACGACCGGCAUCUAUGUACGAGACAAGA